GCCCACCAAGAACGCAUCAGGCCGUUACGACAACGUUGACUUUCGAAAGGCAACUGGCUACAAAUAUCCUCCCAUCAAGUGCAGCUACAACCGGCGCGAUGUUCUUCUCUUCGCCAAUGCGAUCGGCGUUCCCAAGGACUCGCUACACUUCUUAUACGAGCUUCACCCCGCCUUCGCCGCGUUCCCGACCUUCCCCAUCAACCUCGCCUUCAAGCAGACAGACCAGGAUAUCUUCGACUUCAUCGCGCGCACAACGACAGGCGGCGUUCCAGGCGUUCCGCCGUUCGAUGCUCAACGUUCUGUAGAUGGCGAGCGCGCCAUUACGGUCUUGCGGCAACUGCCUGUCUCCUCAGACGGCCUCGACCUUGAGGUGCGCGGCCGCGUCAUCGGCGUCUACGAUAAAGGUGGCGCCAUGAUUCUCGAGGCGGAACAGACACUUGUAGACGCCAACACGGGGGUUGAGUACACGAAAAUGGCGAGCACAGCAUUCGGCAUCGGUCAGGGCGGAUACGGUGGGCCGAGGGGGCCGACGAAGUCGGCAUUCAGCAUCCCUGCUACGACACCGGACGCCGUGCAUGUGUAUCAUACGAGCGAGACAACAGCUUUGCUGUAUCGGCUGUGCGGCGAUUACAAUCCCAUGCACGCAGACGAGGAGUUUGGGAAGAGGGCUGGUUUCAAGGGAUCGAUCUUGCAUGGGCUUGGCACGUGGAACAUAGCGGCGCAGGGGCUGCUGCGAGAGAUGGGUGGGUCAGACCCAAGAAGAUUCAAGUCUUUUGGUGCGCGAUUCAAGAGUGUUGUUUACCCAGGAGACACUCUUGAGACCCGUAUGUGGCGAAUGGGCAAUGAAGGUAAUUUUGACCUCAUCUUAUUUGAGACGGUGGUCAAGGAGGACGGAAGGGUUGCCUUAUCCAACGGGUUCGCAAAAAUACUCCAGCGAGAUACCAAGCUGUAA